CGGUGUCACAGGGAAGCCCGGCGGAGCAGGCUCGGCCACAUCGCGGCCGCACGGGCACAGUCGCCCAGCCGAGUGCGGACCGUGCGCCGCCUUUGUCCGCCGGUGGCAGCUGGUCUCGCGGCCGCCGCCCGCGAUGGCCCCGCAGCAAGGCCGGCCGGCGCUGCCCGCCCGCUGCGAGCCGCCGGCGGCGCCGCCCGUACCGCCUCGCCGGGAGCGCGGGGGGCGCGGGGCGCGCGGGCCCGGGGUGUCCGGGGGUCGGGGGCGCGCGGGCGGCGCCGAGGGACGCGGCGUCAAGUGCGUGCUGGUCGGCGACGGCGCGGUGGGCAAGACCAGCCUGGUGGUCAGCUAUACCACCAACGGCUACCCCACCGAGUACAUCCCCACGGCCUUCGACAACUUCUCGGCUGUAGUGUCAGUAGAUGGGCGGCCUGUGAGACUCCAGCUCUGUGACACUGCAGGACAGGAUGAGUUUGACAAGCUGAGACCCCUCUGCUACACCAACACAGACAUCUUCCUGCUCUGCUUCAGCGUGGUGAGCCCCACGUCCUUCCAGAAUGUGGGCGAGAAGUGGGUCCCGGAGAUCCGGCGUCACUGCCCGAAGGCCCCCAUCAUCCUGGUGGGGACGCAGUCGGACCUCCGAGAAGACGUCAAAGUGCUCAUCGAACUGGACAAGUGCAAGGAGAAGCCGGUGCCCGAGGAGGCGGCGAGGCUGUGCGCAGAGGAGGUCAAAGCCGUCUCCUACAUCGAGUGCUCAGCCCUGACUCAGAAAAAUCUCAAAGAGGUUUUUGACGCCGCCAUUGUUGCUGGUAUCCAGCACUCAGAUUCCCAGCAGCAGCCAAAGAAGUCUAAAAGCAGGACCCCGGACAAGGUGCGGGACCUGUCCAAGUCCUGGUGGAGGAAGUACUGCUGCCUGGCCUGACUCUUGCAAACUGCUGGCUCUUAAGCUGCAACAACUCUUUAUGAAGUGGCUGUGGUCACAGGACGAGCCCUCAGAGCACCCCCUUCCGCCCUUAACUUCCUGGGCGUGUGAGCUCAGGGCUCAGAUUCAUAUGCAAAAUAGGUUUAAAAAAAUUUGAAAGUUAAGGUUUUUUUUUGUUGUUGUUUUUCUGUAAGUCUGGAAACUUAGAACUGUAGACCUCUGGAUUAAUUUAUAUUUCAUAUGAAAAGGGCUCUUCAAAGCUGGGUGUUAGCACGAAGUUCUGCUAUCGUACAGGACAAGGGAGAACGGAACCUUCUCCUGAUUAAGGGCUACGGAGUGCUCAGCGCAGGACCCGUGCGUGCCGGACCCGGUGAGAAUAAGCGUGAGCUUUGAAAUCACACAAACUGUCUCCGGUUUUUGUGAGAGCAAAAAAUCUGAGAAUGGCAAGGAGGGCCGUCUGCUUACAAAACCUCGUGCCCGUCCCUUCAGUUUACUCAGAUUCACUUAGGAUUUUAAAACAACCAAAACGUCCCACAGCCUACCGGCAUUGUGUUGACAGAACAGCACACUUGCUUGUUACGGUUUGUUGUUGUUUUAUCACACGACCAGCUGUGUUGCUAUGAAAAUGGUGGAGAAGCCUCUUGGGAGGCAGGUGCUGGGUGCCCAUCUGAUGUGCGUUUUCUUCACAGAGAAGCUCACGCUGAGAUCAGAGAGUGCUCUUAGCUCACUGAACUCCUGGCCUGUGCAGAGCAUCUGUGUCCUGCUGGCUGUCCAGGGGCUUUAAGCUGCUGUGCUCAUAUCAUCCCAUUUGCAAGGAAUUGGGCCACCUUGAAAGGCCAUAGUUGAUGGUGUGGGACACACACACACACAUGCAAGUCCACUGAAAUGCCUGCCUGUACACCACACACACACACACACACACACACACACACACACACUGGCUGGUUUGCUGAUGGAACCCUGAGACAUACAAGCAUGGUUGCAGGUGUCAGGGCGCCACACCUUCCUCUUCUUGACAUUUCUUUAGACAGACAUUUUGUAGGAUCUUAAUUUAUAUAUUUUUUUUCUGGUCAUCUUAAAAUGUGGGAUGAACACACUUUGAACCGCAGUGCCUUCAGGUCCUGUGACUAGGGAGGCACUGUGUUAGGGGCAGGUAAUGUGCAAGGCCUUACCCACCAGCGGCUUCUCGCUGGGCCAUGCUUGUGCCGCUCGUCCUUUAAGGCGAGGGUCGUAUGACCGACUGUUCUGAGACAGCCCUGGGUCGGGAAAGCUCUUUCACAGGGCUGUAGGUACUUCCAAGAUGCCAUAGGAACCAGACGGUGACUCACAGCUGUCAGUUUGCUGUGGGCAAGGAACCUCUUUUUGGCCACCUCGUGACAAAAUUUUCUGAGAAUUUUUUCUUACUAUUUAAAAAAAAAAAAUCAAUCUUACGUUUUUUCUAUAGAAAAAGUAAGAGAACAGACCAUACUUCAGGGUCAAAGACUUCUUCCUGCUGGUAAAUGGGACUGGAGACUUUCUAGAGUGUUUGGGAAUUCGACUAGCCACUUCUCCUGAGGUGCUUGUUCCCCCGUGGCCUGAGUGGCAACAUUGUUUCACUUCUGGGAACGCCUGUAACUGACCUAGUGACUGAGCUUAUCCUGUGGUGCGUGGUGCGUAGCUGUCUGGAAAGCCAGCCUACAAGUGGGGCUUUGCCUGCCCUGUGUACAGACGGUGGGUGGGGAAGAGUGAGUUAUUUAAUUUUAAAUGUUGUAAUAAAGCCAAUGUAGUUGAGACCCAGGAAAUGAGCAUUGAGAACACAAACUUGAAACCUGGUGCCGGGGCUGAUGGCCGUCACACCCUGCCUCUGGGCCACCGGGAAGUGACAGAAAGGACGCUGAGUGGUCAAGCUCUGGACACUCCUCUGGGAUGCGUACCCCUGGACUGCUCAUGCCACAAAUCUAGUGGGUUGACGCUGACCUGCAAGUUUUCGAUGUUCCUGCAUCCUAUGGAGUCAUAAGGUCUGACUGUACUUGAGGUUUUCCUGCAUUUUUCUUUUUGAAAAUAGAGGUUUGGGCUGAGAAAUCUAAAAGCAUGUGCCUGGGUGGGUGUAAACUCAGUUCUCUUCAAAACUGAAAAGAUGGCUGCAAUGUUCAGCUUGGUGUCUGGGGAGGAUCCUGUGAGCUGUGUGGAGAGGUGCCUCUUCAGCCUGAUUCUGUGUAGGCCGACUUACCUGAAACCCACACUGUAGCAGGCUUCAAAACCCUCACCUCAAAUGUGUGCAAGCAAACUUUCAAUAACUUUGCUUUCUGCUCAACAGACAUGUGAGCAGCUGCCCAGAAGUCUCAAGCCAAAAGGGGGGGCCACGCUCCUCUGCAGGUGCCUUACCAACCUGUGCUCUUCUCCCAUGUCAAAGAUGUUGGACAGGAUCUUGUACUUGAAAAAUGCUAUAAAUGAGUUGUUAUGAAAUAAAUUCUUGACCUGUGGAUA